ACGACUGCCUUCAGUUUCAAACACAGUUUCCUGCACUACUUGUUCUUUUCUAUAUAUGCACUUAUAUUUAAACCCUAGUUGAAAUCUGUGGCUCCAAUUUUUCUCAUAUUUUCAACUCCAAUGGCUGACUUGGAUCACUCCCACUCCUCAUCUGACGACAAUUCUGUGGAUUCUAGAGAGGAAAGUAGUCAAGACUCUAAGCUUGACUUUUCAGAAGAUGAGGAAACUCUAAUCACUAGGAUGUUUAAUCUGGUUGGUGAGAGGUGGUCUCUGAUUGCUGGGAGAAUCCCUGGAAGAUCAGCAGAGGAGAUUGAAAAGUACUGGACAUCAAGAUACUCAACAAGUGAAUGAAGUGCCAAAAACAAUGAAUGGUUCAAUGGCGUCUCUCUCUGUUUAGAGCAGAAAAUUUUGGGGUGUGGUUAACAACGUUUGGGGUGUACUUAAAGCAUGUGUUGUUUUUUCCAGUUUUCUUUGCUUGAACAAGAAAGCUGUAGUAAAGAGGUUUUUGCUUGCAAUCAAACGGGGGCAUUGUGCAAGUGCCCAUCUCUCUGUACAAUAGUUAUUGCCUUAUUGGUUUAAUGAUGUUUGGGUUGUCAGUUUUAAUUUACUUCUGUUUAUGUAAAGUUGUUUGGUUUAAGCUGCUUAAUCUAUGGGCUUUUCUUAUUUUUA